AGUGUAUCUCAGGCUUUAGGACCUGGAGGGGGAAAGCCCCUCUGCAUAGCUGCUCCACAGUAAUGGGAUACAGUGGGAGGGCCCAGCUCAGCUCACUGUGCAUGGAAAAUCACUGCAACUCAUUGAAAUACUUAUUUUCCCAACUUCCAGAAAUUCAUUUCCCACGGUUUAUAGACCAGCUGAAGAUCUGUCCGUGUGGAAGCUGAGAGAGAUACUAGAGUAAAACUGCUGAAAGAGCCUGGUCUUUAAUGAUCGUUCUGACACUAUGUGGGUGACUAACCUGGUAGCCAUGGCCCUACUGGCCACCGCAGCCUCCGCUGCUACUGCCGCCUUGGCAGACAAGGUCCUAAGUAACCACGCCACCCUGCUGGCCAACAACAGCGCCAGCCUGGCCUUUAGCCUCUACCAGAACAUGGUGAAGGAGAAGGACCUGGAGAACAUCCUCAUCUCCCCCGUGGUUGUGGCCUCUUCCCUGGGCCUGGUGGCCCUCGGGGGCAAGGCCUCCACCGCCUCCCAGGUAAAGACCGUGCUGAGUGCCGACAAGGUGAAGGACGAGCAGCUUCACGCCGGCCUGGCCGAGCUCCUAGAGGAGGUCAGCAACUCCAAGACCCGCAACGUCACCUGGAAGAUCAGCAACCGCAUCUACAGCCCCAGCUCGGUCAACUUCGCAGAUGCCUUUGUCAAGAGCAGCAAGAAGCACUACAACUAUGACCACACUAAGAUCAACUUUAAGGACAAGAAGAGCGCUGUGAAGUCCAUCAACGAUUGGGCGGCCAAGUCCACCGACGGCAAGCUGCCCGAGGUCACCAAGGACGUGGAGAGGACCGAUGGGGCCAUGAUCAUCAAUGCCAUGUUCUUCAAACCCCAUUGGGAUGAACAGUUCCACCAAAAGAUGGUGGACAACCGUGGCUUCCUGGUGUCCCGCUCUCACACUGUUGGUGUACCCAUGAUGCACCGCACAGGUCUCUAUGGUUUCCACGAGGAUACAGUAAAUAAGCUUUUAAUCCUGAGCAUACCCCUGGCCCAUAAAAAAUCCAGCCUGGUGUUCUUCAUGCCCUACCACGUGGAGUCCCUGGAGAGGCUGGAGAAGCUGCUGACCUGCAAGCAGCUGGAUGACUGGAUGGGCAAGCUGAAGGAGACAGCUGUGGCUGUGUCUCUGCCCAAAGUCAGCAUGGAAGUCAGCCACAACAUCCAGAAACACCUUGGGGAGCUGGGUCUGACAGAGGCUGUGGAUAAGACCAAGGCGGACCUGUCCAACAUCUCUGGGAAGAAGGACCUGUACCUGUCCAACGUCUUCCAUGCCUCUGCCAUGGAGUGGGACACUGAUGGGAACCCCAUCAAUACCAGCAUCUUUGGCACCGAUAAACUGAAAAACCCCAAGUUGUUCUACGCUGACCACCCCUUCAUUUUCCUUGUGAAGGACACCAAGACCAACUCCAUCCUCUUCCUCGGCAGACUGGUCCGACCUAAGGGCGAGAAGAUGAGAGAUGAAUUAUAACAACGUUGAGUCUUAGGUGAAGUGUUUUUGUAUGCACAGGCAUUUGUGUAUGUGUAUGUGUUUGUAUUUUCCUAUGCAAAAGAGAGGAGAGGGAGAAAAUGAAUUGUACAUUUUAUAACUCAAGAGUACAUUCCCAUUUCAUCAUCUAUGUGCCAACAUUUAUGCCUGUUUUUCACAAUGCAUGAUUCAGAAAUAUAUUUUUGUGUAUUUUGUCCUGUGUUGUAAGAAACAAAGCAUUGUGUACUCCAAAAAAACAUUAACUUCACCUAAACAUGGUAUCCUCAUCAAGCCUGCAAUCCAAACUGAAUAGAAAGCGAUAUUCAGUUUGGAUUCCAGGCUAGUUAGUAAUCACCAUCACCACGUGGCAUGUUUGUGUAUUUUAAUUAAGGGCACAGGAUGGAUACUUACAUUAAGUAUGAUCUCCCAGACUAUCGCCUUAAAUAUCAAAUCAGUGUUACUCUCAGGGUUUCCUCUCCUGUCUGUCUGUCAGUCUUGGAUCCCAACUGAAUGCACGCUCUGUUUCACUAUUGUUUCACUUUACUUUGAAUUCCAGACUAUUUGUUUCUACCAGUUUACUUGAGAUUAAGUCAACAUCAAAUUACUAUUGUCGGGGUAUUCAUACUCUUUAUUAAAAAUAACUAAUUGUGUGAUAAUCUCAUUCAAAUGUGCUGAGCAAGUAAACUGUUUCUGUUUUCUUUACAGGUUUUGCUAUGAUUACCGUGUACCCGUCACCAAAUAUCACAUUUUUAGUUUGUGAAAUUCGUGUGGGUUCCAAUAUCUUUAAUGUAAAAAAAAAAGUGUUUUAAUUCACAAGCCUUUUCACAAUCUUACUACAUGGUGCUAGCCUAUUGUUCACUCCCCCAAAGCACAUGAAUCUAUGACCCAGGGGACGCGCCUCUGUUUGGCUUUUUACUGAUCCGCACUGAAAGCACUGCUCUGUACUCUUUAGCUAACUAACCUCUGAGUGAAAGAAAGAAAGGUGAUAUCUGUGGAAGACUUUUGAUGAAUCAGCCUAGCCCUGUCUCAACACUGUCACACACCACAAAAAAAAGAUGCUUUUUUGGAACAAUGGAAUGGUAUGAGAUAGUUAGAAGUUUUCUCUUUUUCCAAUAAAAUGGUAAAACAAAA